CACACACACACACUGUCAGAUCUCGGUAAACAAGCUGGUGAAAGUGAGCAGACAGCCGGACUUUAACAGGAACUCACAGGGGAUGGCUCUCGGGAGGAAGUUGGACGUCCCGUGCAGCGACACCUCUUUGAUCAGAGGGAUGUGGGAGGUCCGGGUGAAGAAAUACAGACAGAGGCAGAAGAAGGAGCAGGAGAGGAUCGAGCAAAGUGCCCUUCCCAAGAUCGACCAGCAGUGGCAGUACCGUAUAUACUGUAAGACACUGCAGACCAAGGAACUCAACCUGCUGCAUCAAUACCUGGAGAGGUCUACACUGACUGAUAAACAACCCUCCACUGAAGCAGAGCAGCAGGAUCAGAAAGAUCCAGAGCAGACCAAGUUGAUCUUCCAGCUGGAUGGUGAUCAGUGGAUGGACUUCCCCAGGGAGCUGCAGUGGAUGACUUACCUAAAAGAGUGGCACGUCAGAGGGACAAGGAUCUGUCGGCUGCCUGAGUACCUGGCUCUGUUCACCCAGCUCACCGUGCUCGAGAUCCCAAAAAACAGCAUUGCUGAGCUGCCACCUGAGAUCGGUAAAUUGACGGGUUUGAGGGAAUUAAACGUUAGCUACAACCGUCUGUCCCAGGUUCCUCCAGAACUUGGAGACUGUGAGAACCUGAAGAAACUCCAACUCACCGGAAACCACAACCUGUCUGAGCUGCCGUUUGAGCUGAGCAGCCUGAAGCAGCUGGUUCACCUGGACAUCGCAGAGAACAAGUUCAAAUCCAUCCCCAUCUGUGCUCUGAGGAUGAGCAGUCUGCAGCUGCUGGACCUGAGCCACAACUGUCUGGCCGACCUGCCGCAGGACACCGACAGGUUGGAGCAGCUGGUCACCUUGUUCCUCCAUAACAACAACCUGACUUAUCUUCCUCACUGUCUCACCAAAAUCUCAACGCUCAAGAUGAUCGUCGUCAGCAGCGACGAGCUCAACUGCAUCCCCACCAGACUGUGCAGGAACCCCAAUAUCAAGUUUAUCAGACUGUGCGACAAACGUGCGAGUGCAGAGAAAAAGAAGAAAGAGGAGGAGAAGAAGAAAGAGGAGGAGAAGAAGAAGAACAGGUGGAGAGAACCAAGGGAGGAGGAAGUGAAGAAGGACAGCGGAGAGAAGGAGUUCAUCGAGCUGUACAUCGACUCGCUAAAAGACAGAGAAACCGUCCCUGAAUCUACCACCAAAGUCUCCAUCUCCUGCCUGCUGUGAUGGAGAGGAGGAGGAAGAAGAUGAAGCUGACACCAUACAGACACACAGACAGGUGUGCAGACAGGUGUACAGACCUUGCUGGUCAGGUGAUGCGCUGUGUGAUACCAGAGCAGAGACUGCUGGGAAGGUGAUGGAGGACAUGGCUGCUACGGUUCCCGCUGCCCACAUCAUCCUGAAACAGAUAAGAGAGACACAUGAUCAAAAACUGAAUUGUGAGUGAUUCAAACUGUGAAGAAUUACAUAAUUAUACUGGUAAUAUCUAAUGAUAUAAUGAUUGAAUUUGUUAUUCUUUUAUAGAUCAAGUAGAAUGCAGUAUGGAUAGUGUCGUAAACCAAUAUAAAAUGCUGGUCAAAUAUGAUCUUCAAAUGUUAGUGAUUUUCUCCAUCAGGUUUUUUUAUUUUAUCUUCAACCAAAUUCAGUAAUUUCCUGACAGUCCCUUUAAUAAAGGUUUAUAAUGUUUCCUCCUUUCUUAUUUUUUGUAAUAUGCUUAUUUGCUAGUUUUUUGUAACAGAAAGAAACUGUUUCUUUGAACUGUUUGUUUUUGCUAUAGUGUGCGACCCCCUUGAAAGGGUUUAUUUAAAAAAGGUAUGCUGUGGAGCGAGCCUGUCCAUUAAUGAAAAAAAGAACACUGAAAGGUGAUUUGAGAUGGUGAUCGUAUUGCAUUAGCUUAGAAAAAAUAUUCCGUUCCAUUGCGUAUCAACGGCUGGAACUGCAGCCAUGGCAGGGUUUACUUAAAAUGACGGCAGCGCUGGCCGAGGUUUUCUGUAACUUUUCAAGUCUGUUCAUAUUAUCUGUUCACAUUAUCCUGUCUUUAAACACUGCCACAGCCUAACUGUGUUCCUGUCUGUGUUUACUUCUUAUGUCUCUGUCCUCCUGUUCUGUUUUUUUUUUAAUAAAUUGAAGACAAUUAAGCCAUCAUAAAUCGGAAGUUUCAUGUUCCACAAAUAUCAAAUAAAUAUUCAAAUUGUAUUCCACAGGGUUCUUUUGUCCACAGCUGACGUUAACUGACCACACUUCCUUCUGUGGAUUGAUAGGAAUGCACAUAGUUGCUUGAUAACAGCGUCCUCCUAAAGAGCAGACCGAAGAAUGUUGGAAAUUGACCAAUCAGCACUGAGUAUUAACCUCAGCCAUGUAUCCUGAGAUAAUGCAUCCCUCACAGGGGUUGUACUCACCAUGGCUCGGAGCCGAAGCCGUACCAGGCCAACUGGAAGAGCUGGAAGCCCAGACCCAGAAGAACUGUGUUCUUAUUCCCAAUGGUCCUCAUCAAAACACUGAGGAAGAGAGUCUGACACACAGCAGAGAGAGAGGUUAUGGUACAUGAUGAAUGAAGCCUCACACAAUCUUAAUAUUAUUUAAUCUAAAUCUGUUUGGACAUUUUGCAUGUACAGUGGUAUGCAAAAGUUUGGGCACCCCUCUGAGAUUUCAUGACAAUUUGCUUUUCCUUUAUAAUAGAAGAUCACAGCAACAACAUUUGUUUUCCUACAAAGAUGUAGACGUUUUAGUGUUUUCCAGACCAAAAUUCUUAGGGUAGCAUUACAUAGUUUUAUUAUAAUAAAAUAAAAUGCAAAAAAUGGGAUGUGCAAAAGUUUGGGCACCCUUAUAAAUAGCAUUCAUUUCAACACCUGUACGGAUUUAUAGCUGACAGGUUGCUGCACAAAAUUGCUUUGAUUAGCUCAUUAGACCUUCAAUUACAAAGACAGGUGGAACCAAUCAUGAAAAAGGCUAUUUAACAUAGGUAAUAGCUGGCUGUGCCUGGCCUAGGUUCUUUCUUAGGGAGUGGCAAGAUGGGGACCUCAAAACAACUCUCCACUGACCUGAAAGCUAAGAUAAUCCAACAUUAUAAAUUAGGAGAAGGGUACAAAAAAUUAUCUGACAGGUUUAAACUGUCUGUCUCCACAGUCAGAAACGUAGUUGUGAAAUGGAAGGCCACAGGAACAGUCCGUGUGAAGGAAAGAUGUGGUAGGCCGACAAAAAUAGGGGAAAGGCACAGGCGAAGGAUGGUGAAAAUGGUCACAGAGAAGCCACAGACCACCUCCAGAGAACUACAACAACAUCUGGCUGCUGAUGGUGUAGUUGUUCACCGUUCCACAAUCCAGCGUACUUUGCACCAGGAAGAGCUCAUUGGAAGGGUGAUGUGCAAAAAGCCUUUCCUGAGUGUUAAUCACAAGAAGAGUCGCAUGAGGUAUGCAAAAGCACAUCUGGACAAGCCAGAAGCAUUUUGGAACAAAAUACUGUGGUCAGAUGAGACCAAGAUUGAGUUAUUUGGUCAUAACAUGAACAGGUAUGCAUGGCGAAAAAAACACACUGCAUUCAAUGAAAACAACUUGUUGCCCACUGUAAAAUUUGGUGGAGGAUCUAUCAUGUUAUGGGGCUGUGUGGCUAGCACAGGUACUGGAAAACUUGUUAAAGUUGAGGGCCACAUGAAUUCCUUACAGUACCAGGAGAUUCUUGACAAGAAUGUUCUAGAGUCAGUCACAAAGUUGAAGCUACGCCGGGGUUGGAUUUUUCAGCAGGACAAUGAUCCUAAGCACCGAUCAAAAUCCACCAAGGAAUUCAUGCAGAAGCACAGGUACAAUGUUCUGGAAUGGCCAUCCCAGUCCCCAGACCUUAACAUCAUUGAAAAUGUAUGGAUUUAUUUGAAGAAGGCUGUCCAUGCACGGAGGCCAAGAAACCUGACUGAACUGGAGACGUUUUGUGUGGAAGAAUGGGCCAAAAUACCACCUGCCAGGCUUAAGGGACUUGUCUGUGGCUACAGGAGGCGUCUACAGGCCGUUAUUGCAGCAAAAGGAGGCAAUACUAAAUAUUAAUGGAAUUAUUUCUUAGGGGUGCCCAAAUUUAUGCACAUGCCUAUUUUUGUUUGAAUGCACAUAAACAUGUUUGUGUUUGACCAA